GUGCCGUCUUCUACGUAGUUGCAAAUCUCGUGACAUCAUGUUCUCGACCUUUCACCUCGGCAACGCUCGUGGCACUCGCUCAAACAGACGAUCUCCUCACGCUUUGCGAGCGUGCGUGCGGUGUCGACAGGCUCGCAUCAAGUGCAGCGACGAGAGGCCAUGUCGGCCCUGCAAGAACAGCGCGAAACGGUGCUUUGACGAAAGGCCUGUGCAGAGGUCAGAGCAAUCGCCGAAAGCACCAGAUACCAAUGGGGUCUCCCGGCAGGUUGACCAUUCCGCCUCGUGUCAUCUUGAACAGAGCUCAUCAGGUCUUACAUACACAAGGGCUACAUCUUCAAAGUUCUUCCUGGAGGCUCUUGGGGCUAGACUCGGCGAAUCAAAUCUCGCUCAUGGCUUUGAUCCAUCCCUCCUCGAGCUCAGUCCAUAUAUUCCACAGCCAUUCCUCGCAAUACCAGGUCUACCCUCACCUCUAUCAGGAAACGCCGUUGGAGUCAGCAUGGACAGGCAGCUAGAAGAGCUGCUGGUAUCCACAUUCCUCCAGUCUUACCAGAUUGUGGCACCUAUACUGGACGCAUCCUGGCUCUGGACGCACUUCUCAUCUCUAUGGGCCGUCAACUCCAACAUGUUUCGUCAACGAUGUCCGCUCAUCGAGAUCAUCCUCGCGUUGGGAACUCACCAGGUGUUGACGCUAUCUGUUGAUGAUGCCAGUUACAACGCAGCUACUUUGGCGUAUGAUCCACCCGGCUAUGAUCUCUUUGAGAUUUCUCAGAUGGAACUGCUCAGAAGAACAACCGGGCCAGACUUACUCACCGUUCAGGCAUAUAUAUAUGCCGCCAUCUACGCUGGCAAUCUGCAUUCACACUACAAGGCCCAUCAGAUGCUAUCACUGGCAGUCCGAGAUGCAUACCUACUUGAUUUGCCAAGUGGAAAUUGCAGCGCAGAGCAGCCCAAAGGUCAUAUAUCUGCAAAAAGGACAUGGCUGGUCUUGCAGAUGUUGGAUACCGUCAUGUCAAAGGAAUCAGGCCUCCCGUUUCUAAUCCCAAUGACAAAACACGAUCAAGUUGAGCUUGGUGAUUUUGAAACCACAUACGAUGCCGUGAAUCACAAUGGACUGUCUUACCUGGAAUGUUUCAGACAAAUGAACAGGCUCUCUCAGCUCAUUCGACAGUCUACGACCGACCUCGAUCAGAUUUGCAAUCAGCCUAGUGGUCCUGAUGGCGUUAUAGGCAUUUUUUACACCAGUGGGGCAUCAUCCGUAAAGACAUCAAUAAAGGCAAUAUCGACCUGGUUCAAAGCCAUUCCCCCGGCCCUCAAAAGCUUUACCAAGGAUACUUCUAAUAACACCAACGACAACAAUAAUCUCGACUCCUCUUUAGACGAUGAUAUUCCAAUGUGGCUCCAUCGCCAAUCCUUGCUGCUCAAAAUGUCCUACCACAUGGCUUGCCUCCUCCUCCUCCGCCCUUUCUCUCUCUCUCCUCCUGCUACCACCAUCGAAAGCAGCCACCACCCCAUCUCCGCCGAACUCAGCAUCAUGUGUCUCAAGCACGCGGUAUCACUCACUGCAACUCUGGCAGACAACCUAAACAGUGGCUCGUUCAAUGUCCUCGCCCACGCAACGAGGUUCCAGUGGCUAGCCAUGCUGUGUCUUGCGGGUUAUGUGAGUACUCACACAACGACGCCUCAAUCUACGACGUUGGCGCGGAGAGCGGUGGAUGUGGCUGUAAGGAACCUAGAGAGAUUGGCGGAGCACAGAGUGUUGCAAGCCAGAGAGGCAGUGGAGAGAGCGAGAGGAUUGGUGGAGAUGAUGAGGGUGGCCGUUGGCAGGACUAUAAGCAGAGUUGCUCAGCUGGGGCAGCCUGGUGACGCCGCCUUGACACAGUUGCUCUCAUCAUCUUCUUCAGGGCUGGUGGAUUCUAUCACGGGAGGGCCAGUGGAUUUAUGGAACGAUCUCUCAUCAUUACCGUACCUAUCCUGACUAGUCACAGAAAGAAACAGUCCAACAUAACGCCAG